GAAACAGUCCUGGUGAUGGAGCCAAAAUCCUACCCGUAGCAGCAUGUUAUUCUGUGUGCACAUGCGUGUGAGGGCCACUGGUUAUAUACGCCCCUCCCCCGUCUGAUGCUGAUGCUGAAUUGCCCAUCACUGAAGGGCAGAGGGUGAUAUUCCUCCCUUAACGUCCUAUCUAUCAGUCCUCCUUACCUGUGGACUGAAGGAUGGCGAUGAUCUGGAUGCAGACAGAGAAGGCGGUCGUGCAAGAUCUACAGCGCAGAUUGAGCAAUGUCACUCACAACAUUGAUGAGAUCAUGCAGAAGGAGUCCAGUCCUCUCUACGCUGCUGACAUCAUCACUGAGCUCAAGAGACAGUUUGCCUUCCUGUCUGGGGGAAGGGGACAGGAUGGAAGCCCUAUCAUAAUCUUUCCAGAGUUCCCUUCGUUUUGUGAAAUUGGAGACCAAGACUUUCGUAAUGUUCUUACUUACCUGACAAGUAUUCCCAGCCUGAGUGCAGCAGGUGUGGGCUUCAUCGUAGUGAUUGACAGGCGUAGAGAUCGAUGGAUGUGUUUGAAGGGAACGUUACUGCGUAUCUCUGGCUGGUUUCCUGCUAAUCUUGGGCUUGUUCUGGUGCUGAGACCCAGUGCUAUCCUGCAGAGAACGAUGUCUGAAGUGUUCUUCAAACUCCACAGAGAUGACUUUAAAGUACCGGUUAUCAUGAUAAACUCGGUGGCUGAUCUGCACUCUUAUAUUGAGCGGAGUCAGCUGACACAAGAACUGGGUGGCACUCAAUACUACUGCCAUAAGACCUGGAUCUCUCAUCGCACAGAUCUUGAAAGCUUUGCCGCAUUAGUGAAGAGGAUGGCUGAGAGACUGCAAGUGUUUGGCAGGGAGCUGGCAGAAACCGAGCUCCCUAACAACCUCCAAACAGCCAGCAAUCUGCUCACUGCACAAACCAGCAGAAAAGAUGGUUUCAAAGAAGAGAUGGCAGGAGCUCUAAGCCAAGGACGGAAACUCUUGGAGCACAUCAGGGAACCGGUCCGCAGAGAUCCGGACAGCAGUCUAAACCCUGAUCAACUGGAGAACCUUGCUACAGUGCACAGGCUGUUAUCCCAGUUGAAUGAGAGCUCGACAGCGUUUGAUGAGUUCUGGAUUCAGCAUCAUAAUAAACUGGAUCUAUGUUUUAAACUCUGCCAGUUUGAGCACAACUUUCAACAGUUGCAAACAGAGCUUGAGCAAGCAACAGCCACUAUGAAUGCUUUCUCAGACGUCGGAAUAAGCCCUGCCCAAACAGAACACUUCCUUCAAGAACUGACCAACCAUGAGAAUAAGGCCUGUGAAGUGCUGGACAGAGUGAGGUCUGUGAUUGCAGAGGGCCAAAGUUUGAUUGACAGCUCUCCAAAUGUUGAUGACAGUGUUGCAGUAAAAUGCAGUGAGCUACAAAGAGUGAGAGAGAAUCUCACCCAAAGGCUCAAAGACAAGAGGACCAUGCUCACACAGGCUAUGGAGCUAUAUAAAAGAUUGGAAACGAUGUGUAAAUGGUGUGAUGAUGGGAUUUACAUGCUAGCAUCACAGCCUCUUGACAAGUGCCAGUCACAGGAGGGGGCGGAGUCGGCACUGUCAGAGCUGGAGUGUUACCUGGAGACAGCCAGUGAGAAACAGCAGUGGGAUAUCAGCACAGUUUGGCUGGAAUAUGAGAACAUACUGAACAAUGAGCUCAGGGAGAAGGUGAAGCGUGCAUUUGAGAAGAAAACAUCAUUAAAGGAGAUGUUUGAGAGGAGGAGAGUUAGUCUGAAGAAACUAGCAGCCAAACAAACACGCCCCAUCCAACCUGUGGCCCCGCGACCAGAGUCACUCUCAUCUCCUGCUCACAGGGAGCAUGAGAACAUCUGUAUUAGUGAAGAUUCAGACAGCAGGGUGUCCUGUAAACAAGUAAACUCUGAUCAAGUUGACAGGAGCAGUCGCAAUCCUUCUGUAUCUGAGGAGGAGGAAACCCUGGCUGUGCUGCGCAGGCAUGUAAUGAAUGAGCUACUGGAAACAGAGAGAGCGUAUGUGGAAGAGCUUAUGUGCGUUUUGCAGGGAUAUGCUGCUGAGAUGGACAACCCCUCCAUGACUCCUCUCCUCCCCGCAGCCCUGCAGAACAAGAAGGAUGUGUUAUUUGGGAACAUGCAGGAAAUUUAUAAUUUCCACAAAAGAAUUUUCCUCAAAGAGCUGGAAAGUUACACUGGCUGUCCUGAGCUCGUGGGCCGCUGCUUUCUGGACUGGAUGGGGGAGCUGCAGAUUUAUGAGAAAUACUGCCACAACAAGCCUCGUUCUGAGAGCCUCUGGAGGCAGUGCUCAGACUGCGCCUUUUUCCAGGAAUGUCAGAAGAAACUAGAGCACAAACUAGGACUGGACUCAUACUUACUGAAGCCUGUGCAGAGGAUCACUAAAUACCAACUCCUGCUGAAGGAGAUGAUUAAGUACAGUAAAGGCUGUGAGGGCUCAGAGGAGCUGCCGGCAGCUCUUUCCUCCAUACUGGGUAUCCUGAAGGCUGUAAAUGACUCAAUGCACCUCAUCGCCAUCACAGGAUAUGAGGGUAACCUUGGAGUCCUGGGCCGCCUGCUGAUGCAAGGGUCAUUCAGUGUGUGGGCGGAGCAUAAGAGAGGUCACGUGAAGGUCAUGGAGCUUGCCAGGUUUAAGCCCAUGCAAAGACACCUGUUCCUGCACGAGAAAGCUCUGCUCUUCUGCAAGAGGCGAGAGGAGAGUGGAGAGGGAUACGAGAAAGCGCCCUCAUAUAGCUUCAAGCAGGAGCUCAGCAUGGCUGCGAUUGGAAUAACGGAGCAUGCUAAAGGGGACAGCAGGAAGUUUGAGAUCUGGUCCAGAUCAAGGGAUGAGGUCUACACAGUACAGGCCGUGUCUGAGGAGGCUAAGACCAUCUGGGUAACAGAAAUCCAGAAACUUCUAACAGGACAGCUGGAGGCCUGUAAAGGUUUGUGUUAUGUAGAAGUAAGUCAACAGAGGGCACCUGAGCAGUUUUCCUCAGAUAUCAGCUCAACUAACAGACUGGUGAGAAAUGAAUCAAGUAACUUCAGGAGUGGAGGAGUGGAUAAACUGAGCACAGAAGAAGAAAGAUGCAAAGAACUUGAGAACAUUCUAGAGCCCAGAACGACAGGGAGAGCAAAAGGGUCUUCGUUCAGUUUUGAGACGAAACCAAAACGACAAGAUAUUCGGAGUGACCCUACACCUCUAGAAACAGGGCCACAGCCUAACUUGGGUGGAGGCAGGUGGUUGAGUACAUCAAGUCUGUUUCAGAAUCGUAGGAGAGGUUGGACUAAAGGGUCUCUCUCACUGGAUGCCUCUGUGGAGCAUGAUGGAUACUUUAGUGCAGAAGAGCAGGUGACCUCUGACCCAGAAGAAGAGAAGGAAAAUAAAAUGUGUGCAGAUGAGCUGCAAUCUGUGAGGAUAGAGGAAGAGAUCCAGUGUUCUGAAGAGACGGAGGAUCCUGAGAAAUGAGAGUUGAGUGUGGAUGUGUGCACAAUGCCAUCAGUGUACAGCACAUACAGUAGAUUUAAUGCAUCACUCUUUAAAGAGGGGGAAAAACAUUUAACUUUGAAAUUUUGCAUACUCUUAAAAAUAAAGGUUCCUAGUAGAACCAAAGAGGUUUAGAAUACACGAAGAAAGCUGUCCAUUAGUAUUCACUUUAAUCUCAAUCUCAGUGUGACCAAAAAAAAACCUAAACUUUUUUUUUUUUUUUUCAGAACAUGCAGCUAAUUUUAAAUGGCUGUUAAGAAAAAUAUUUACCAGCAGGGGUCAUACUAACCAGCCCAAAACAAAAUGUUAGUGCCAAAAAGGGUAUUACAGGACCUUUUUUCCUUUAAAUCUAGAAGAAACUAUCUUAUACCAACUGACAACCCUAUAAUGGACUCUAUAAAGAACUGUAAACAGUGAAAAUGAUUGUUGUUUAGAGGGUUCUUUGCAAGAAACUUUAUUUUUAAGAGUGAGGUCUUAGAAUGUCCCAAAAUAAUGCAUUGCACAGAGACACCAGAGCCAGCUCUCUACACACGGUCUCAUCAUAGUAUGCUGAGAUACAUGUUUCAUAUCCCUUAAAACAUAGUUAUUUCUGUCCCAGUAUUAUGUCCAUACUGAGAUAUGGCAUGUCUGUUGUCAAGUCCUGUGAUUUCCAAUGUGAAAGCAUAUAAAAUACAAUUGUGUACUGUAAAAUGCAGGAAACUAGUACCUAUGUGUAAAACAAGCAUAUUAUAUAUGCAGAUGUUGUUUCUCAAAGUGACUGUGAUCACCCUGUACCAUUUGUAUGUAAAAUCUGUUAACAAAUCAAUAUUGUUUUAUAUAUAAUACAUGCAUAUAAAAUAAAGCCAUAGUUGACUGAC